AAGUAGUAAAUUGCAAGAACCUGGUGGGUUAAAAUCAGUCCAAGCUUGAAGCUUAGGCACGAAACAACAUGAAGAUCAUCCUCCUCCUUUCUCUAACAAUCCAGGUUGUUCUGUCUAAAGAUGACAUGCCUGGUCCUAAGCCAGCCAGAAAACCAAUGCCAAAGCCAGAUAUGGGUUGUAUGGGAGGCUUAAAUGACAUGGAUAUGGAAAGUUUCAGGCUUAAAAUGGCAAUGGGAAAGAUGUGUCCUCCUUGCAAGAAUAUCCUCAAGGGACCUAAAGCUGGAUCUUAUAAACUAGAGUCCGCUAUGGAACCGGCUUGUGAUGAUGGAUGCCUCUACAGUAGGAAUGGAGUUUACUACUGUUUUGAGCAAGAGGAAUCAUCAGAAGAAAUGGAAGAUGGAUACCAAACUCAGGAGUGUGGAAAACUGAAUGACAAAAUGAUAAAAAAACUUAUGGAAAAUCUCCAGCACAAGGAAGAUGAAAGUGAAGAGUCAUCUUCCUCCUCAGAGGAAGAUGAAGAAGAGGAUGGAGACCUGAACAUAAUUUACACCAGGAGCCCAAUUCGCACAACCAAGCACCCCAGCCCUAAGAAAUUCUACAAGAGAUGGAGCUACUCACUCCAUUAAUCACAGCUCAACUGUACCACCUCUACGUUAAUGAUUUUACUGGAAUUAUUUACUAAAUAUUAAUUGGAGAAAUAAAAUUUGGCCAUUUA